AUGGUCAAGGAUGGGACCAUCUCUGAGAAGCAGUUGAGUCACUCGGUAGCGCUCGUGGUCAUCUCCGGCAAUGAUUAUGCAAGCGCAAGCGUGAUUGGUCUAAGUAGGCCCAGUGAUAUUAAAGCUUAUAUCGGAAAGGUGACAAAAGAGAUCGCAGCAAAUGUGGAGCAAUUGUUGAAGCUUGGAGUGACAAAAGUUCUUGUCAACAACUUGCACCCUAUCGGUUGCACGCCAUCACAAAUCCGAACCAAUAACUACACUGUGUGCGAUAUUUUUGGAAAUUUAGGUGCAUCAAUCCAUAACGAUAACCUAAAACAAGUCAUGACAGUAAAGAAGAAUGUUCACAUCGUCGACCUAUACACCGCCUUUAGUAGCAUUGUGGAUCAUGCGCCAGGUAAAGGCUCAGAUCUAUCUAAGCAAUUCAAGCGCAAACUAUCGCCCUGUUGCGAGAGUUUGGAUUCGAAUGGCUAUUGCGGACAACAAGGCGAGUCGUCCUCAGAGCUUCUAUACACCGUAUGCGACAAGUCCGACAAAUUUUUCUAUUGGGACGACAAGCACCCCACACAUGCAGGAUGGGAGGCUAUCAUGAAACAGUUGGAAAAGCCCUUGAAGGAGUUUGUAGAUCAAGACUAG